CUUACCACAGAUGGCAAUGCGCUGUACCGCACUAGUCCAGCUUUAACGCAUUAAUAUUGAAAGAAUGCUUUUCGCUUAAUUUCUUACAGGUUCUACUCCGUUAAGGAUGUUAGUGAAUUUGAAACACUAGUGACUCCUCGUCCCAAGAAAGGCUGUGUGUGGUAAUUCUCUGGCCGUAUGGCUGAGGGUGUUGUGGCUACACUAUUAGCGAGAUCAACAGCAUACCUUAGCGCAAUUCUCGGAGAGCGUCUACCACUGACGGAGACCCACCUUGGUGAGUAGGGCAACUUUUUCGUGGGAUCUUUGUCAUUGAGAGUCUUGUGUCGCGGAGAGUCUUGUGUCCAUGGGAUUGUUGGUGUCGUCCGAAGAGUAGUGUCUGCAGGAAAAUUAUAACUAUGGGAUUUGGAUUCAGGUGCCUCUCAUAAAUAGCCUGAAGGCAGUUCACGGAGAAUAGGUGUUGUGACGUUUUGGCUUGCUUUGAAAACAUAUUUUUGGAUAUAAUACGUCACAGGAAAAAUUGUGUUUAUUCAUCAUGCUGUUCUACCGCCAUUUCUGGAUAGCUGGAUUCUCAGUGUUGGCGGUUUUGGAAAAUACAAGCAGCGAUAUAGUGGAAACACCUAUCUUUGACACUCGCGCUGAGAACGUGACAGUGUUGGCUGGGGAGACGGCGACCUUACCUUGUCAGGUGGAAAGUCUUGGGAAGAAGUAUAUGGUGGUAUGGAUGAGUCCGAAGAUGAUAUUAAUAUCAAACGGAGAUCGUCGGUUAAUGGACGAUGACCGGAUGUCGGUUGAGCGUCCAUAUGACCCUGACUGGAAUCUUCACAUCCGUAAGGUUCGGUAUGACGAUAGGGGAAUGUACCGGUGUACUUUGAAUACGAACCCUGUCAGUGUCAAGGCCGUUCAUCUCAGGGUCGACGUGGCACCAGACAUUAAUGAAGAAUGGUCCAGUAGUAACACGGUGGUAAACGAGGGAACUACGGUCGAGCUGCACUGUAACGCGUCCGGGGUCCCCACGCCGAACAUACGAUGGUACCGGAAAACCAAGUACACCUCUGCGACGGAAAAGGAACCGAUUGGAACCCCCGGCGAGAUUCUCUUCAUACAUAACAUAAGCCGGUACUGUGACGGUAUCUAUGAGUGUGUGGCGUCCAAUGGAGUGGCGGAAGACGAGUCGAAAGAGAUCAGAGUUGACGUACAAUUCAAACCGGAAGUUCGACUGCUCACCAAACGAAUGGGACAUUACUUGGGGAAAGAAACCAUUUUGAGCUGUGUGAUAUCAGCUUCACCCCAGGCUGAGGUUUUCUGGAGAAAAGGAGAUAAAAAAUUGGUAACAGAAUAUGGUAAAUAUCGGUCUGACGUAUUCCACGACCGUCCGCAUACACUGACCCUCAACCUACAGAUCUACAACCUACAGAAAGAAGACUUCGGCAACUAUACAUGCGAGGCAUCAAACAAGUUGGGAGGCGAUACUGAAAACAUGCUUUUAUACGAAUAUCCAGUACGAAGGGCAGAGGUUCCCACGAGCACGCUUCCACCAGGAAAAGCGAACAUCCGCGGAGGUAGUGGAGCGGGUACGACCACGACUUUCCCACGUUUUAAUAACCAAAUCACAGCAUAUAAUAAGUUCAAUCGAAACGGUCCUGUGGAAAUGGAAUGGAAUGGCGCCAAUAGCUACUUCGGGUUUCCUGUAUUACUACGCACCCUUGUAUGGACUUUAUGUAUAGCGGUAUACAAUCUAUCCUCUUUUACGUGACGUCAAUGUGGAAUCAUUUAAAUAUCAACAAACACGAAGCCACACCAUUCAGCGCGGAAUUAUGUAGGAGAAGCUACGAUAAUCUAGUGAUAUAAGGAAGUACCAAGAUUUACAAGUGUUCGAGGAUUAAGCUCAAGGAAGGGAAAUAACUCUUACAAGCAAACGACAUCACAGCUAUAUCAUGGAUAGGUUUAGCUCAUGUAGCUCAUGAGUAUAUCCAAAAAGUACCUGCAACAUACAUAGUUUACAAUGUCUUACAUUGUACAUUGUUAAGUGUACAAUAUAAUUAAAAUGGCGCAUAGAAAAACUGCAGUAUAACAAGACAACAAUAGAGAUCAGCUUUAUUGAUCAGUGUCAUCUUAUCCAGUAGUUCCAUACCAUGGGGGAUCUGCGGACGUAGAUGGCAUUUUAUGUUACACGUGCAACGACAUAACACCGUUUUCCUUAGAUGUCACAACAAUUAUGUACAAAUUCAUUGUAAAUAUUCAGUACUUCUUAAUACUUUUUAUUCAAAAUGUAAUCAAUUGACGAUUCUCAUCUGUCAAUGUCAUAAAGUCGAUUGUGUCUUAAUCUUCAAGCCAGAGCGGUUUAUUUUAGAACUAUACCGUAUGACGUGUGCAUGUCAAGACGGCCAUAGCAAUGUAAAACAUUACAUGCUCGUGUAAAUAUCCAUGUGUUCAGAGUGCAAUAUCGUGACGCUGCUUCCGGUUCUGUGACAGAAGAGGGUGUUCCAUCGACUCUUUGUGUAUCACAUUUGAUGAGAAUGCUAUGCAAUAUCCUACUCUUACCUGCAAUCUUUUGUUCGAAUACUUUGUUUCUCCUAAUAGAGUUCUUAAUUAUUACAAAAUAACGCUCCCUCAUGUCUUAAUACUAACAAACACUCUGUCAUCGGUUAUUGCUGAAAGCCUGUGAAAUCAACAUAUUUAUUAAUCAAAUAUGAGAACGUAUCAGAGAAAAAAAAGUAUUACAAAAUAGUUUAUAUCGGAAUCGUCAACCGGAUUCCUGCUAUUGUAUAGAGAUUGUUUGAUCAAUGACUUCUACAGAGUUCAUCUUUACGAUCCCGAUCGAAGUAAUCGAAAUACCACAUGGGGUGGACCCGGGUUCCUUCCUCGUUUGUUUCUAUUUUGGCUUCUCACAUUACAUAGAAGAUUUUACAAACUAAUUAUUGUAUUAUUUCUCUUCAUCAGUCUUGGUAUGAAUUAUAUAUGCUAGCCCUCUACGAUUAGCUCCCAGGACGGCUAAUAGACAUAAUUCUGUAUUCAAGAUGUCAUUAGUGUACGGAUAGUGAUUAACAAACACUGUUUCAUGGACGUAUCUACUCUGCGAAUUUGUGAUUAAAUUCUUAUAUCGUGAGAGCAAUGAUAUUGCGUGCUGAGCUUUUUAAACCCAAAUUGUUACGGUAGGGAGCUAACAUCUUGCUAUCGAUUGUACAACGUAUUCAACAUCUUCCUGUGCACCAAAACAUGUAUAAAACUGCUAAGUUUAAUGAUAUGCUAGCGUUUAUAUCAUAUGUUAUUACAUGUACGUAUUUUGUGUAGCACAGAUAUCCCUACUUCCAGGUCUUAUACAAUAUAUGUGUCAAUUUACACAGGUCUUAUAUAAAGUACGUGUCGAUAUAUACAGGUCUUAUACAACAUAUGUGUCAACACAUACAGGUCUUAUAAAACACACGUGUCGAUACAUACAGGUCUUAUAAAACACACGUGUCGAUACAUACAGGUCUUAUACAACAUAUAUGUGUCAACGCAUACAGGUCUUAUAAAACACACGUGUCGAUACAUACAGGUCUUAUAAAACACACGUGUCGAUACAUACAGGUCUUAUAAAACACACGUGUCAAUACAUACAGGUCUUAUAAAACACACGUGUCGAUACAUACAAGUCUUAUAUAAAGUACGUGUCGAUACAUACAGGUCGUAUAAAACACACGUGUCGAUACAUACAAGUCUUAUACAAUAUAUGUGUCAAUACAUACAGGUCUUAUAAAACACACGUGUCGAGUACGUGUCGAUACAUACAGGUCUUAUAAAUGUAUGUCCGUUUUUAUAUACAUGUAUAUGGUUUUGUAGUAUGACAUGCGUAACACGCAUCUGUGACGAGAGGGUAUAAGAGUAUUUAAGACAAAAUUAAAACAAAUCAAUUAUUAAUCGUUUUGGGUGCUUUCAUUUACUGCAUUUUUCUCAUCUUGGUGAUUUUUUUGUUUGAGAACAUGUAUGUGCCCGCUUAUCGAUGAGUCUUAGCUUUAACAAACGCCUCUAGAAUGAGCUAUGCUACGACAGUGGAAGUAUUUUUUCCUUCUGCAUUUCUUAUAUGCUCUUCGGAAAGUUACUCUUACAUUCUGAAUAAUCAGGUUCCUUUUACAAAUGAUAUCAUUUUCACUUUGAAGACAAACGCAAGACAGGUUUAGGAUGCUGAUGUGGGGGAAGAUAUAAAAUUCAAAAUAAACCAAUAGCAGGUACAUGUACAUCAACACUCUGUUAUGUGAUCUUCUUGCGCUUUCAGGUUUGGCAAAUGAUACUAUGUCUUAAGAAAACCUAGGUAUGCACCUCCUGUAUUGUACAAUCAUCGCACACAUAUUGUGCACAUGUCAGUGAUAGUAUUAUAAGAUAUAGCUUGAUUUAAUGGCUUUGACUUGUAAGCAAGGCUUUGAACGAGAUCACGAACUCGAGGUGAUUAUACCCCACGUAAUGUAUCUAAUAUCACGUGGUGUCUAGACACAAAUCAAUGUCUGCUGAUGUUGCGUAUAGUACAUUGUAUAUGAUAAUUCACGGGGCUAACUACUAUUUGUAAUAUAUGGAUGCAUAAAUGUGUAUGAUUCCUUAAUUCAUUGUCAGUAAGAAAUUUGUGUAUUUACAUUCUGGUAGUAUUUAUUUUAAAACAGUCAGCCCAUGAACACAAAUGUCUUGAUUGGCUUAAUACGAACGGUUUUAUUGUACAAAGAAACAGAGCUAUCUUCCGAAGCAUUUAUUUGUUAUCAAAAGAAUUCUCCUUUCUAUUAUAAAUAAUUGUUACGUACGAAAACAAAGGUUCUUCUUUACCUAUCAUUUCACAUGAACCUUGAUAAAAUGAAUUUAAUACUUUUUCAUUUUUAAGGUAUUUCAUCAGGGUUUUUUCUCGACUUUUAUAAAUCACCAUUUAAAACAGCAUCCGUUUGAUAUAUCUGUGACGGAUAAAUAUAUGGAAAUGUAUCAAGGAAUCUGUUUAAUAAAUCAUAACUAAAUAAAUAAACAACUAUAAGUGUUUGUGAAUCACUUUUUCCAUUGCUAUUUGUAUAGUUUCGAUAAAAUGUGAAAAGAACAAAUACUUUAUAAAUAUGUAAACAAAAUAAAAUAAAGUAAAACCAUUGUAAAUAAAUACGAUAUUAUAAUAUGCUAUGCGCAUGUUCAUUCAUAGUAUAACGCAUGAUAAUAAAGUAUUCUGGUUAUAAGUACAAGAGGGUAUUCAUUUUGUUUCACAAUCAAUAGCAAAGUCAAUUUCAUAUUCCUCAUCAUUGCUAGUUAAGAAUGUUGUUUAACGUUGAUCCAUUUUUUUAUCCCAUUAUUUUUUGGCAACAAAGGCUAUUUUACUGUUAUAACAUCAGCAUUUAUGUGAUCAAAUUACAUGUAAGACAGUAUUCAAACAUUUGUAAAGUGUGUUGUAAAUGAAUGGCUACAUAAUGCUCUUGUCAUGUACUGGGAUAGCAUGGUAUUAAUGAGAAGGUGGUAUAUGAUGUCAUGGUAUGUCAUGUAUUAAUGAUGACUUUACUCUCAAGUCAUGUAUUGGAAUAGCAGGGAAGUCAUAAGAAGGAGUUAUAUGAUGUUAUUGUGUGUUAUGUAUUAAUGAUGACAUUACACUCGAGGUAUGUAUUGAAAAACGCGGUCAUUCACAAUGUCGCUGUGUAGUGACAUAAUGUGUUAUCUUUGUUGAUGACACAAAACUGAAGUCAUGUAUUAAAGUAGAAAGGAAGUCAUAAAAAUAAGUUAUAUGAUGUCAUAGUGUGUUAUGUAUCAAUGGUGACAUUACUCUCAAGUGAUGUACUGGAAAAAAACGCGGCAGUCAAACAAUGAUGCAAUGUCAUAGUGUGUUGAUAUAACAUUCAAGUCAUGUAUUGUAAUAACAGGGUGGUGUGAUAUAAUGUCAUGGUGUUAUUCGUGAAUGAUGCAAUUAAACGCUAGUCAUUUACGGAAAUAACAAGUUGGUCAUGUGAAACUAAUUUGUAGAAAGACGGUAAUAUUGUGUUAACAAACUUGCACAUACUACAGUGUUGCGUAUUCAGUAAACGCAUGUACAGCGUGUGAUCAAAUCAUGUCGCAAGUAUACACAUGUUCAGAGCAGUUGUUUAUUUAAAUGCAUGUUUCAUCACUUACAACUUGCCUACUCAAACCUUAAUAUCACGGUGUUGUCUCCCUUUAGGAAACACCAUGCGCGUAUAUGUUGUUCUUUCAUUGAAAUGAUUGCUAAAUGGAAUGCAUGUUUAAGGGGUACACACGUGGUAUGGAAGUGAUAAUGAACUUAAGUAUGUAUGUAGUACAAAAUGAGUAGAACGUGUAAAUGGAUAAAUACCUGUGAGUAUAGACAUUUUUGUGACAGUUUGCAUUUAUUAAAUGAAUAUUGGAAGUGGACAAAUGAAACGCUUUAUGUGGAUUCAAGCCUCAAAACACCUAACUAUAACGUCAGAGGAAGAACAGGAAAUGUACAGUUUUCUCGGUGUCUUGCUUAUAUUUUAACAUUUCCUUAAGUGUGCUCGAUUCACAUUUCUGUUCAACUAGGCGGAACCGAGGAUGGUUUCGAAAGAACAGAGUAUACUACUGUGUAUAUGUGUCCUUUUCACUUACAUGGUAUGCUAAGUGGCUACAUGUACAACAGCGUACCGUGAAUAUAACAGCCUGUAUGUUCGAGUUUAGUCAAUCUUAUAUCUAUUUAUUUGUUUGCUAAGUGUGAUUAUGAUUGACUGAUACUAUUAUGUGAAUGCUAUUGAGUAUCAGUCAUGCAUGUACACCAGAUAUUAAAUCAUUGAAUGUAUUGACCAUAGUAAUAUCUAGAACAAAUUGUCAUAUGAAUUUGCAUUCUAGAUCAAUCAUCAUACCAUUGUAACAAGUAUUAUGCGUUGCUUAUGUCGUAGUUCACGUUUUCCUUAAAAGCAAAUUGGCGACACCUUUAAUUUUUCAUGCAUACACUUUUUCAUGCAUUGUCAAUAUUGGUGUGUAAAAAGUUAUCGAAUAGCAUUUCAUUAAUGAUUACAGAUGGUAGAUACAAUUUCAUUCAUUGUAAUCAUUCGUUUAUGAUUGUGAGGAAAACGAAAUCAGUAGUUUUCCAUUUCUGAUUGAGGCUUUACUAUUUAUCAGUAAUGAUAUUGGCUCAUCAUAAUUGUGACAUAUAUUUAUGUAUCAUGAUAUGAUAUAUUGCUAUGUGUCAAUUUCGAUAAAAAUAAAACUUACA